AUGGAGAGCCCCGGGGAGUUUGAGGUUGGUAUCUUUGUAAAUGAGCACAGUCACCCUAUGUGCUCUGAGGCGUCAAAGACAUUUAUGCGAGUGAACCGAAAGCUGGAUGUGGCACAGCAGUCCUUCGUAGCAAGCUGUGUUAAAGCGAACGUUGGAUCGUCCAAGAGUUUCAACCUGUGCAGGGAGGUGACUGGGGCUUUGGUGUUUGUGCCUUUCACUGGAGUUGACAAUCAUAAGCGGUGCGUUACUUUUGCUGUCGGUUUGCUUACUAAGGAAGAUGUUGAAUCGUAUGAGUGGCUAUUGAAGAGAUUUAAGACUGCAAUGGGGAAGAGCCCGACAUGCGUUGUCACUGACCAAGACCCUGCUAUGCAGAUUGCUGUUGCACAAGUUUGGCCGGAGUCCCGUCACCGUUUUUGUAUGUGGCACAUCAUGACAAAGGUUAGCGAAAAGGUUGGGCCUGAUUUAGUGAAGGACCUGGACUUCCGUAACCGACUGAAUGGCAUUGUAUGGAAUGAAACUAUCACCCCCACCGAGUUCGAGGUGCAAUGGCAUUUGUUAAUGGGGGAGUACAACUUAACAGGCCAUCGGUGGUUCACCAAAUUGUAUGCUGAGCGGGGGUUUUGGAUUCCAGCAUACUUUUCAGAUACUCCAAUGAGUGGGUUGCUCCGCACCAUGUCCCGGUCUGAAGCAGAGAACGGCGUCUACGGAAGGUGCACCCGGUCGCACUUCAGUUUGGUCGAGUUUUAUAUGCAGUAUGAGAGUGUUUUGGAAUCCCAGCGUCAUAAGCAAUCUAAGUUGAACGCUCAGUGCGAGGGGUACUUGCCCGAGUUUCAAACCCCCUUAGCACUAGAGUGGCAUUUGGCACAGGUGUUCACGUUAACAAUCUUUUAUGAUCUACAAAAGGAAAUUGCGGCUGCCUGUUUUUAUUGCAGGGUGGUGGGUAUUUGUGAGGCUGAGGGUGUUAUCAGUUACAACAUUACAGGGGAGUGCACCACCCAAUACACUGUGAAAUAUAUCCGGGGCGAGGGCAAUGUGUCAUGCAGUUGCAAGUUGUUUGAGAGGUUGGGCUUAGUUUGCCGGCAUAUGUUCAUGGUGUUCAGGGAUGCACAGAUUGACAGCUUGCCGCCGGUGUACGCGAUGACGCAUUGGUGCAAGGGGGUCGUAGUUGGCGUAUGUUGUGGGCGGUGUGACAUUCCUACGUCCAGGUCUGUUCCUAGCCUACUAUGGAGUGAGAUGCACGCAUGCGUUGGGGUUGCAGGCAACAAUACAGCUCGCCAGUCGUGGAUGUUGCAAGUUUUAAAAGACCUUAGAGCCGAAUUUCUGAGCGACGGUAUGAGCGUUGCCCCUCCAAAGGGUAACAGUGCAGCCAUUGCGGCGUUAUGCGGAGUCGAGCGUCCGAUGUCCAUAACCAUCUUGGCACCCGUGCAAGCUAAAAACAAAGGGACCGGGAAACGUAUUAAAAGCCAACGAGAGUUAGUGGUGGAAAGAAGUGCCAAGGCCGGGCGAAAGUGCGGGGUGUGCGGCGAGUACGCACACCAUAAUGCCCGUAGUUUCCCUCACAAAUGUGCUGGUGGUGUUGCUGGUUGA